AUGUCUAGCGCGUUGACACCAUCUACUUUGCACACACGUGAUGUAUGGGCGCAUAAUUUGGAUGAAGAGUGUGCACUGAUUCGUGAGGUUGUAUGUAACUACCCAUAUGUCGCGAUGGAUACCGAGUUUCCUGGUGUUGUCGCUCGCCCAGUUGGCUCUUUCAAACACCAAGCCGAAUUUCAAUACCAAACUUUACGUUGCAAUGUGGACUUGCUCAAGUUGAUUCAACUUGGUUUGACAUUUUCAGACGGUGCUGGAAAUUUACCAGUCGUCGAUGGGCGGUUCUGUAUAUGGCAAUUCAACUUCAAAGAAUUCAACGUUAAAGAUGAGCUCUACGCGCAAGAUUCUAUCGAGCUAUUAAAGGAAAGUGGUAUCGAUUUCAAUUUGCUGGAGGAACGUGGAAUAGACAUUGUUCAGUUUGGCGAGAAACUUAUGGUUAGUGGUGUGGUUUUGAACGAUGAUAUCCGCUGGUUAACAUUUCAUAGUAGUUACGACUUUGGGUACUUACUCAAGCUACUGACAAACGCUCCACUGCCUGACAAAGAGGCUGACUUUUUUACACUUCUGCAGUGUUAUUUCCCGUGUAUUUAUGACAUCAAACACUUGAUGCAGUUUGUUGGUAACAUGCACGGCGGACUGAAUAAACUUGCCGAAUAUUUACAUGUAGCACGUAUAGGGCCUCAGCACCAGGCCGGUAGUGAUAGUUUGCUCACCGCACAUACGUUUUUCAAGCUUCAGAAGUCUCACUUCUCAAAUGUGAACAUGCAUCAGUUCGCUGGAUCGUUAUAUGGUUUAGGUCAGGAAUCUCUCAGCCAGCCCAUAGCUGAUUGA